CUGUCUUUUGUCAUGUAGCAUAGCCACACAAUCUCUACCGGUUCCGGUUUAAAGGUUUUUGUUUGCUAGGAUUGGUCACUGUUACUCUUUUCCUUUUACUGCAACACAAGAACAAAACCAAGUAACGUGACUGGAUUAAUAAUAUCUAUCACGGAUUUUCCCUCUAUUGGGCACAGCAUUUAUUUAUCACGUCUCGUGAGGUGUUACAUGGCAAAGGAAUGGGACAGACUGUGAUUUUCAAGUUGAACACAACAAUACCACUUUGAGUGCAACACUGAAACAUUUACUGAGGACGAAGCGGUCGGAAGGCGUAUGUAACCUCAAGAAAAAAAAGAACCGAUUCGGCAAAGGCUUGACUAUGGGCUGUGUCAAGAGUAAAGAGGACAAGGGUCCUACACAGAAGUACCGACCAGAUCCCACCAAUCCCACCCCUGGGUCACACAUGGGUCUCUAUGGACCAGACCCCACUCAGAUGGGCCAGUCACCUGCCCUGAAGGGCCCCACCAACAACUACAACAGCCGCACGACUGGGCUCACCCCGUUUGGUGGCUCCUCCUCCGUCAUCACACCCUUCGGUGGAGCUGCCUCCUCUUCCUUCUCCACUGUUGCUGUGAGCAGUCCCUUCCCCGGUGCCGUCACAGGGGGUGUAACUUUCUUCGUGGCCUUAUACGAUUAUGAAGCCAGGACAUCAGAUGACCUCUCCUUCAAGAAAGGCGAUAGAUUUCAGAUCAUCAACAACACAGAGGGAGACUGGUGGGAGGCUCGCUCCAUCAACACGGGGCAGAAGGGCUACAUUCCCAGCAAUUACGUGGCCCCUGCAGACUCCAUCCAAGCGGAAGAAUGGUACUUUGGCAAAAUGGGUCGUAAAGAUGCUGAGCGACUGCUCCUGGUUCCCGGAAACCAGCGGGGCACUUUUUUGGUCCGAGAAAGUGAGACUACUAAAGGGGCUUACUCUCUCUCAAUACGGGACUGGGAUGAGAUGAAGGGAGACAACGUGAAACACUACAAAAUCCGAAAGCUUGACAACGGAGGCUAUUACAUCACCACAAGAGCUCAGUUUGACACUCUACAGAAACUGGUGAAGCAUUACACAGAGCAUGCAGAUGGGCUGUGCUACCGAUUGACCGCAGUGUGUCCGACGGUGAAGCCCCAGACUCAAGGUCUGGCUAAAGAUGCGUGGGAAAUCCCACGAGAGUCACUGCGUCUAGAGCUCAAGCUGGGUCAGGGCUGCUUCGGAGAGGUCUGGAUGGGUACAUGGAAUGGCACGACUAAAGUAGCUAUAAAGACACUGAAGCCGGGCACCAUGUCUCCUGAAGCCUUCCUGCAGGAGGCCCAGAUCAUGAAGAAGCUUCGGCAUGACAAGCUGGUGCCCCUGUAUGCUGUUGUGUCUGAGGAACCAAUUUACAUUGUCACUGAGUACAUGGGCAAAGGGAGUUUGCUGGACUUCUUGAAGGAGGGUGAGGGCAAGUACCUCAAGCUGCCCCAGCUGGUAGAUAUGGCUGCCCAGAUUGCAGAUGGCAUGGCCUUCAUCGAGAGGAUGAACUACAUCCACAGAGACCUGAGGGCUGCUAACAUCCUGGUGGGAGACAAUCUGGUCUGCAAAAUCGCUGACUUUGGCCUGGCUAGACUGAUUGAAGACAACGAAUACACUGCUAGACAAGGAGCCAAGUUUCCCAUUAAGUGGACUGCACCAGAAGCAGCGCUGUACGGCCGAUUCACCAUCAAAUCUGACGUCUGGUCCUUUGGUAUCCUGCUGACAGAGCUUGUGACCAAGGGCAGAGUGCCAUAUCCAGGCAUGGUGAACCGAGAGGUGUUGGAGCAGGUGGAGCGGGGCUACAGGAUGCCGUGUCCUCAGGGUUGCCCGGAGUCGCUGCACGAAAUGAUGCGGCUCUGCUGGAAGAAGGAGCCAGACGAGCGGCCCACUUUCGAAUACAUCCAGUCCUUCCUGGAGGACUACUUCACCGCCACUGAGCCACAGUACCAGCCCGGAGACAACCUGUAGAGACCUUCUACGGGACCCAGAGACUCACCACCACGUGCUAAUAAGCCACCGGGACGGUUCCCAAACCCAUUGUGGCACCUCCUCUCUACAGCUCCCCUGCACACUUGUCCUUACAGAGAUGUUUUUGUUUCUUUCGUUCUUUCCCCCAGAGUCAAACUUAAAAACUCGAUUAGUGCAUCUAAACUUGGCUUUCACUGCAGAUACAGGCUGUUCUCUGCCUGAGGAUGUGUGUGUGGCGGAGUUGACGAGGGUGUGUGUAUGAGCGGGUUUGGAGCGGGACCAUGUUACGCUCCCUGAGCUCUGCUGGGGUGAUUCCCUGCAUUGCAGACAGAGGGAGCUGUGAAACAAGUGAUGAGCUUAGUGCUGAUGGCUGGUUCACAGUUGCACAAAAUCAGCUUUCUCUUUUUUUAUCUAUUUUGUUUUUCCCUCCCUUUUGUCUGUUUUCUUUUUCACCUGAACACUAAAUCUUAUUGUCUUUUAUUAUUUUAAAGUUGUUCAUUUUUCUUUUUCCCCUUUUUUAAUUUUAUUUAGUAGUUUGAGUAGUUUAUUAAAAGUGACCAAUAACUGUGGUUGAAUCGGUUGGCGCUACCAGUGACCGUUAGUGCCAUUGCUGGGACGGGAAAGUGAAAGUCAAAGAAGGACAGAGAGAAUGAGACGCAUGAGGGCAUUAGCCGUUCUGAAUGUAUGGGCGCUUGAAUUUAAGACAUCAAUUACAGGGGCAGAAUUUGUUUUUCUCUAAAACACUUUUAUAACAAAUCAUGAUUUUUAAUAAGUACCUUCAUUUCAGUUUCAAUCAAUCUCUAUGAGAGCUUGAAAUCAUAUCCUGGGAGAUGAUUCAUAUUGGAAGGCCUUCACAAAACAUUUCUGACGACUGAUCGCCAUUUCAGCCAGCUGCUAAUUUUCAAGCAAACAGUCAUUAUUAUAAAUCGUAUUUUUGUCUCGAGGGUAAUUAAGCAGAGAGACUUUUGAUUAACAAAACACUAGACCUGACCAGUCCAAACAUCAUUCCUCAUGCUGCUGUUGAGACCUGACAGGUCGCAAUAUCACAACAGCAAUGCCGGAGUUGCUUGUUUUACGCACAUCAGCACCCACACUGCCAGGUUUGUGUUUUUUGUGCCAACACAUUUGUAGUGUUGCCAACCUCUUGGUACCAAUUCAUUGUUCUCUCAUGUACACUCCAAUAAAUGAACCACAUAGAUUUAUUGAUCUUUCACAGAUGAUUUCAUACAUAAAUAUUUCAGUAUAUUUCAAGAGAGCCAUGGUUUUGUCAUCUUGACAUACGAAUGUGAACUUGCUCAAAUUAUUUCACACAGAUGUUUGUUUUUGACCAGGAAUCCGAAUUACAAAGCCUUUUUAACUCCCAUGAUGUACCACUUUUGCUGCUGGUGGAGUUGUUACAGUUCCUGUUUAGGCAUCACUGUGAAAUAUUCAGGUACUACAGAUUGAGACCGUUUACCAACCAAAGUUUGAUGGAGUCAGUAAAAUUUGCCUUCCAUCCUGAGCGCAUUUAAAAAAAAAAGUAUGUGAUUGAUGUUUUCCUUGAUCUGUUAAAAUGGUACAAGUCUAACGGAGAGGGCAAAUUAGACAUCACUAUUACAGAUUCAGUCUUAAUGUUUGGUCAUGUACUGUCUGUAACGGGUUCAUUUCAUCCAUGACAAGGAAUUGAAUGCACUUGGGAUGAAUCAGACCGAUAUCUUUUGGAGGGCUAAUUUGUUGGUUUCUUCUCCCUUUUGUCAUGUAGCUUUUCAUAUAUCUAUAGAGAGAGGCCUUGCUUUUGUCCUUCCUGUACGUGAGCCCUUUGUCCUAGGGACUUUAUAGUCUCGUCCUGUAUCCAGGACAUCAACUAGACAUCUCUCCCAUCACCACCUCCUGUUUUACAAGGGCUACAGGCAAGUUUGUGCAAAACUCUGUUAUUGAUUUUUGUUCUUUGUGUCAAAAAAAGAAAGAAAAUACUCUAAUGUAAGGUGAGGGUCUCCGCUGCAGAGUUUGAUGAGGACGUUUGUUGUGAAACAAUGGUUACGAUUACUAAUCUGAAGAAUUUGUACAGUGAAAAAUAAAGUUUUACGUAAUGCUUUUAA